AUGUACUAUUCCGUGAGUCCGAAACCUUCACUGAGAGGGAAUUACGUCUCACAGCUGAUCGCGACCGCCAUGUACUAUCCCGUGAGUCCGAAACCUACAGUGAGAGGGAAUUACUUCUCACAGCUGACCGCGAACGGCAUACAUUAUCUCGCGAGUCCGAAACCUACACUGAGAGGGAAUUACGUCUCACAGCUGAUCGCGAACGUCAUAUUUUAUCUCGAGAAUCUGAAACUUUUACUCAAUAUUAUUUAUACCACCAUGCACCAUAAUAUUAUUCGAUCUCUUGAAGAUGAACAUGAGCAUGAACAACGGCUAGAGUCGGGACGCGAAUAUUACAAUUCUUUGAGACUAUUAAUAAGUUUGUCUAAUGAAAGAUUAAGAAUUGAAAAUAUUCAGUCUCUUGAAAUGGACGAAGAGCGAGAGGCCCGUCUUACUGCAGAUAGAUUUCGACAUAGUCUUUAUGAUUUAGAUGUACACAUAGAAGAUCAAUCUACAAAUUCGGUGGCGUGGUCCGACAAAUAUAAAAGUGGGUUUGCUUAUAACCUCACAAUUGAUUACAGAUCAUCUUCUGUAAUAGACGAUAUGAACGUAGUAUGUUCUUUUUGUAAUGCUUCAAAGUGGAGUAAGGAGUCGGCUGGUUUCUGUUGUUCUGGAGAUAAAAUAAAUUUGCCUUCGUUCGAAAAUCCACCGGAACUUUUGAAGUCACUACUUUUAGGGAAACAUGUGCAAUCUAAACAGUUCUUAGACAAUAUUCGCCCUUAUAAUAGUGCGUUUCAAAUGACAUCCUUUGGUGCUCAACAAAUAUCAGAAGGUCCUUUCAUGCCUCAUCAGAUUUACCAUUUGAUAGGAUCCCUUUUGCCUGAAGACCAACCUAAGUUUCUUCAAAUAUAUUUUGUAUCCGACUACAACGAACAGUCGAAUAUAAGAAAUCAAUAUUUCCCGAAUUUAAAUACUGAACUUAUUUCACAACUUCAGAACAUGUUGCAUCAGGAAGACUUAACAGCAGUAGGCGGUAAAUCACUCUGUGAAUAUGGUUUGCCAACACCAACCUCAGUCGGAGAGGUUACCAAUAGAGAAUAUUCCGCAGAGAUUGGUUACGACUCAAUGGAACAGCUGGCAACAUUAGAAAACGGUGUCCCAAUGAUGACUGCAGAACAACGUUCAGUCUAUGAUCGCGUGUGCGAGAGUGUUCAGAAUAAUUUGGGAACAAUAUGGUUUUAG